AAAAAAAAAAACGACGAGCAUGAAGAAUCCGCUUUUCCCUGAACCGUCCGCCGCCUCAAUUUCUGUUUUACUACUAUAAAUGUAAAUCCCAGAAAAGGCGCGGGUUACAGUCGAUUUCAAGAUUUCAACGGGUUCAGGGUGUUUUCUACACUCGAAAAUUUGGGUGAGGGCCAGCGCUCGUUGCUUGUUUCAUUCUUCCUUCGGCUUCAGCGAGGGCUUACCAAUGGUGGAAGAUGAUAACACGAUCAAGAAGGUCGCUUUCAGCGAGGAAGACGCUGCUGCUCUCUUAGAGAAGUAUGAUGCAACUACCGUUCUAACUUUUCUCCAGGAAGUGUCGAAUUCAAAUUAUCCUGAGGGCAAGAUUGAUUGGGAUGAGUUGGUAAAAAAUACCGCAACUGGUAUAUCAAAUGCUCGAGAGUAUCAGAUGUUAUGGCGGCAUCUGGCCUAUCGCAAUGAAUUGACUGAAAAUUUGGAAGACGGGGCUGAACCUCUGGAUGAUGAUAGUGACUUGGACUGUGAGAUGGAGGUGAUACCCCCUAUUAACAACGAGGCUGCAUCAGAGGCUUCAGCUUGUGUGAAGGUUAUGAUAGCUUCUCGUUUGCUUAAUGAAACGGGUCCUAGUAGCUCAACAAUUGAGGCUCCAAUGACUAUAAAUAUUCCAAAUUGUCAUUCAUCUACAAAUCCUGAAGAAAAUAUACAGCCCUCAAACUUGAUGCAAGGAACAAGUGUUAUUUUUCCUGUUACUGUUCAGAGACAGACACUACCAUCUGGAUCUGUGACUGAAGGUGUAGAAGCCAAGGGAACAGCCGCUGUCAAAUUGUCUUCCAAAAGGAGAAGAAAGGCAUGGUCAGAAGAGGAGGACAAGCAACUACGAGCAGCUGUUCAAAAAUGUGGUGAGGGAAAUUGGGCAACCAUGUCGAAAGGAGAUGACUUCCCUAUCAAAAGAAGUCCUACACAGCUGGCUCAGAGGUGGAGCAUUUUACGGAAGAAAGAUGGCACUACGAAUUCAGGAACAAACUUGACCAGCUCACAGUUUACUGCUGAACAGCUGGCAACUCGUCACUCAUUAUCUUUAGCCCUUGAUAUGCCAUUAAAAAAAUUAACUGUUCCUGGAACGACUGACCCUGCUAGAACGUCACUAAACACAUCAAUUAAGAACUCUGCGCAACCUGUUAAUACUGCUGAAGCUUCAACAAUUCAGAGCAGCUCUGUACCACAUCAGCUUCCAUCUCAACAAGCUGUAUUGGGUUCUUCUGCUUCCCCAGCAAAUUCUUUAGUCCCUGAAAGAGCAACACUGAAGGCUAAUACAAGUGCUGAUGCUGCUGUAAGAGCUACUGCAGUUGCAGUUGGUGCACGUAUUGUCUCUUCAGCGGAUAUUUUGUCAGUGCAAAAGACUACUCAGGACAGGAGCGGUGGACAAGUUUUGCCAACUGGCAAUUCUUCAAUGAAGCUGUCCGCAUCUGCUGGUUCUGUCGUCCAGCCAAAAGCUCUUACAAAUCCAGCUGUUUCUCCUAAGGUUGUUGCCACCGUACCUCCUUCGUGCACUACUGCUGUUAAAUCUGUCUCCUCACCGGGUGAGAGCACUUCUAAUGCUGAUACUCUUCGCUCUGUUGUCAAUGAUGUUCCAUUAGAGCAAGCUAAUCCUAACCAAGAAUCAAAAGCCUCUGAUUCAUGUGUUGACCCAAAAGAGAGGGACCAAGUUGAUGGGACACCAGUCUCAGAAAGUAUACCUAAUGAGGAAGUUUUAGAAAAUAAACCGGUUUCACAAAAUCCAGGACAGGCUGAUGAUCAGAGAGUAGUUUGAGAAUAAAUUUCAUGACCGGACUGCUGAGGGAUCGUCACAGACCUAUUGAUAGCAGUCUUGACCUGACCAUGGUUUUAACUGUCAGUAAGUUAAGUUUUGAAGAUGAAGGCUUGAGAUAAACUGGAAUAUUGGGCCAAGCUGUGGUGCAGAAUGAAUGCAAAAAAAAAAAAACCUGGAAUUUCAGAGCUAUUUAAAAAUUGGGAGGUUUGGUUACUAGCCUUUGCAGAUAGUAGUUUUGGCGAAACAGAAAUUGUAAUUGUAGUUCUGCUGCAAUUGUUGGAUUUUGUAAAACAUACAUACCUGUUGUAUCUUUGUAAGUGCUAUUUGUCGAUGUUUUAUUCUGACAUUCCCUUCGACGGGGUCAAUCCCUCUUAAAUUAAUACUUCGAUUCAGAGAUGGAAUUAAUAGCCGAUUCUUCA